CACGCGAAGGGAGCCACGGCGUGCGCGCGCGCUCUCUCUCUCUCUCACCCUCUCUCGGAAAAAAAAUCAGCGAGGGUCGACGACUAGCCAAUGGUUUCCAGUGUAAAUGUGCAGCUGCUUAAGCCAUAUCAGUGUGUACAUCUCUUUUGUUACUAGAUAUAUUCAAACACUGAGUACACAUUCAGCCGUGGCUAGGAAGCGAAAGGAAUGGACGUAAAAGACCAAGGAGCGCAAAUGGAGCCUCUUCUUCCGCCGGUUCAAAGCCCUGCGAGCAGCGAGGGGAGAAAUGAUGAGGAGGCAGUGUUGGACAGAGGCGGGACUCGUUCCAUGCUUAAUACCAACUUUGAGAAAGAGGAGCUAGAAGGCCACCGUACCCUGUACAUUGGGGUGCAUGUCCCACUCGGUCGGAGGUCACACAGGCGGCACCGUCACCAUGGACACCGUCACAGGAAGAGGUCAAGAGAGAGAGACUCAGGAGCCGAGGACGGCCAGGAAUCUCCCUCGUACACAGACACUCCGUCUCAGAGGGUGCAGUUUUUGUUGGGGAUGGAAGAUGAGGAUGAGGAGCACAUUCCUCAUGCGCUCUUCACUGAGCUGGAUGAGAUUUGUCUGAGAGAGGGAGAGGAUGCUGAGUGGAAAGAGACUGCAAGAUGGCUGAAAUUUGAGGAGGAUGUAGAGGACGGAGGAGAGAGAUGGAGUAAACCCUAUGUAGCCACACUGUCCCUGCACAGCCUGUUUGAGCUGCGCAGCUGCAUUCUCAACGGCAUCGUCAUGCUGGACAUGAGAGCUAACUCGCUGGAGGAGAUAGCAGACAUGGUUCUCGACCAGCACGAGUCUUCGGUCACUAUCGGAGAGGAGGUCCGCAGGAAAAUCCGCAACGCUCUUCUCAAACAGCACCACCACCAAAACCAGAAGAAACUGGCCAACCGCAUCCCCAUCGUCCGCUCGUUUGCUGACAUCGGAAAGAAGCAGUCCGAGCCGCACUCUAUGGAUAAGAACGGUCAGAUGGUGUCCCCUCAGUCACAGCCAUGUUGCACAGAAGGCCGAGGGGAUGGCAGUCGAGAGAACAGUGCAGUGGACUUCAGUAAGAUAGAUCUCCAUUUUAUGAAGAAGAUCCCACCAGGAGCAGAGGCAUCAAACAUCUUGGUUGGAGAACUGGAGUUCCUGGAGAAGCCAGUGGUGGCGUUUGUGCGGCUUUCUCCAGCCGUGCUGCUUAAUGGCCUGGCUGAAGUACCAAUCACCACGAGAUUUCUGUUUAUACUGCUGGGACCGAUGGGAAAAGGGCCUCAGUACCACGAGAUCGGACGCUCCAUUGCCACACUAAUGACAGACGAGGUGUUCCAUGAUGUGGCAUAUAAGGCAAAGGACCGCAGUGAUUUGGUUGCUGGAAUUGAUGAGUUUCUGGACCAGGUGACAGUGCUACCACCAGGAGAGUGGGACCCCACUAUCAGAAUAGAGCCUCCCAAGAACGUGCCCUCUCAGGAGAAAAGGAAAAUUCCUUCUCUACCUAAUGGAGUGACUGAUCUGGGAGAGAGCGAGGAGCAUGGAGGCCAUGGAGGACCUGAAUUACAGCGCACAGGAAAGCUUUUUGGAGGAUUUAUUCUCGACAUAAAACGCAAAAUUCGUCACUACCUGUCUGACUACACCGACGCCAUCAGCCUGCAGUGUCUGGCCUCCUUCUUGUUCCUCUACUGCGCUUGCAUGUCUCCUGUCAUCACUUUCGGAGGCCUACUGGGGGAGGCCACAGAGGGUCGAAUAAGUGCUAUAGAGUCUCUGUUCGGUGCCUCUAUGACUGGGAUAGCGUACUCUCUGUUUGCUGGGCAGCCUCUCACUAUCCUGGGCAGCACUGGUCCUGUCUUGGUGUUUGAGAAGAUCCUCUACAAAUUCUGCAAGGAAUAUGGGCUGUCCUACCUCUCCUUGCGUGUGUGUAUUGGGCUGUGGACGGCUUUCUUCUGCUUGCUCCUGGUGGCCACAGAUGCCAGUUCUCUGGUGUGCUACAUCACCCGCUUCACCGAGGAAGCCUUCGCUUCACUGAUCUGCAUCAUUUUCAUCUACGAAGCUCUGGAGAAACUAGUGCAUCUGGGAGAAACAUAUCCCUUCAACAUGCACAAUGAUCUCAACAAGCUCACCCAGUACUCCUGUGUGUGCACAGAGCCAAAAGACCCAAGCAACAGCACCCUGCAGUAUUGGCAGGAGAAAAACAUCACCAGCUCUGAGAUUGACUGGUUAGGUCUGGAUGUCAAGAGCUGUGUGGAGCUCAGGGGCGAGUUCCAGGGCAGUGCAUGUGGUCAUCAUGGCCCCUACAUCCCCGAUGUUCUCUUCUGGUCCGUUGUCCUGUUCUUCUCCACUGUCGCCAUGUCUUUCUUCCUCAAGGAGUUCAAAACUAGCCGCUACUUCCCCACUAAGGUUAGGUCAAUCAUCAGUGACUUUGCAGUCUUCAUCACGAUUGUCACCAUGGUGGGGAUCGACUUUGCUCUGGGGGUACCCUCUCCUAAACUGCAGGUCCCCAAUGAAUUUAAACCUACCAGAGAUGACCGCGGCUGGAUCAUCAGCCCUCUGGGACCAAACCCGUGGUGGACAAUCCUCAUCACCUUCAUCCCUGCACUGCUGUGCACCAUCCUCAUCUUCAUGGAUCAGCAAAUCACGGCUGUCAUCAUUAACAGGAAGGAGCACAAGCUGAAGAAAAGCUGUGGCUAUCACCUGGACCUGUUUGUGGUGGGAGUAAUGCUUGGAGUGUGCUCAGUUAUGGGACUACCGUGGUUCGUAGCUGCCACUGUCCUCUCCAUCACACACGUGAACAGCUUGAAGCUGGAGUCUGAGUGCUCAGCACCCGGAGAGCAGCCCAAGUUUCUGGGAAUCAGAGAGCAGCGAUUCACCGGCCUCAUGAUCUUCGUCCUCAUGGGCUCCUCUGUAUUCAUGACUUCCAUCCUAAAAUUCAUCCCAAUGCCUGUGUUAUAUGGAGUUUUCUUGUACAUGGGGGCGUCGUCUCUCAGAGGCAUACAGUUCUUUGACCGUCUGAAGUUGUUUGGGAUGCCAGCCAAACACCAGCCAGACUUCAUCUAUCUGAGACAUGUUCCUCUAAGGAAGGUCCACCUGUUCACAAUCAUCCAGCUGAGCUGCCUUGUCCUCCUCUGGGUCAUCAAAACUUCUAGAGCCGCCAUCGUUUUCCCCAUGAUGGUGUUGGCGUUAGUUUUCAUCCGUAAGCUGCUGGACUUUAUCUUCACUAAGAGAGAGCUCAGCUGGCUCGAUGACCUCAUGCCUGAGAGCAAGAAGAAAAAACUAGAGGAUGCACAGAAAGAGGAGAACCACAGUGUGAUGGUGGAGGAUGAAGGAAUUGUUCAGGUGCCACUUGAAGAGCAUUACAAGGACGACCCGUCCACAGUCAACAUUUCAGAUGAAAUGACCAAGACGUCAUUUGGAAAUAUCUGGAAGAGCCUCAGUACUGACAACAGCAAAAAUGAUAAAAGUGCAAAAAGAUCUCCAGUGAAAGACAACAGGAGUCCUAAGAAACCAGAAUCGGUGAAGGACUGGAAGAACAUUGACCGAGAGACGAGUUUGUGACGUCUCAUGUCGCUUUUAAAAAUAUACUGAGAAAUUUUGUGCCACUAUAGUAUAGCACUAAUCUAUGUUUCACUGUAGCUCACUGUGUGUAACACUGUGCUCACACUCCAUUUGACAAUAGGUGUGUGUGUGUGUGUGUGUGUGUGCGCAUACACGCGUGUGCUGAACGCCUGAAAAAAUGCGUGUUUGUAAUUUUGUGUGAAAGUUUUGUGUGAAAUCCUUUUACAGGCUAAAUACAUACUGACUUUUAGGAGUUUUACAUUUGAAGCUGCUUUUAUUUUAACCUUGAUGUAUUUUUAUGUUUUGUAUUUUUGAUGGUAGCGUUAACCUUUUCAAUAUCCUUGUCCUACAAUAUGAAAGAUACCUACUCAGUGUCUGAAGAUAUUACAUGUAUUUUCAACUCGCCUUCUUUUGAACGUAAGGAUGACAAAACAGUCGGGUGACGAAUUAAAGAGAAAAACGGAACAGCUUUCAGUGUUCGGUCCUCAGUAGCGAUUCUACAAAAUCUCUGCAACCGUAAUGGAGGGAUGAACACAAUUCCGACAACAGAUAUUCCCUCAUUAGGUGUUUUGAUAACGCUGUGAAAGCCAUAGCAUACGAGUUCCAUCAUUUUCAUUCUCAUCAAACCGUUCAGCUUGAGAUCUCAUGUCCUGGCAAUGUGGUGAAUAUGGAUUCAUUCUGGAAAAGACCACUCCCAUCAGCUCUUUUACUCUUCCCUCUUACCAGCAAAAUUCCCCCACACUUUUGUUUCCCUAUAAUUUGUCACCUGUCUGUAUAUAUUAAUCAAAUUGUGAAAGCAAAUGUAAUAAAUAUAGAUCUAUAAACAUUAAUUACAAAUAUUUUCUGACAGCAAAUCCUACGAUAUACAUCAAUCCCAGUAAUCCCAGUCCAUGUCAAUAAUAUAUAUGUAUAUACUUGUCUGUCUGAAGUCUAUGUUAAGUAUUUCAUUCAGCAUACAAACACUUUGUAAGACACAGUUCUUUGUAAAACCUUUCACAAUAACAGCGACCAAUAUUUUUCAAUGUACUUUUAUGGACUGUUGUAUCUUGUAUAGUGUGUUUUUUUGUUCUUCUUAGAUUUACUAUCCGAAAUACUGAACGUAAAAUCUUUACACUUUCUACACAACAUUCUACAUAAGAGCUGAUGAUGCUGCAUACACUUGCAAAUACUGAGUAAUAUAUUUUGCUAAAACACUGCUAAGAACCAUAAUAUUUAGUAAUACAGCUGUGUUUUUUUCGCUGGUUUCUAACGUUCAAAACCAUCGUGUCGUCGCUGAGAGGAGAAUCGUGUUCCGGAACAAACUUCUUAACAAAAACCUUGCAGGCAAAAUACUGACAAGAGAUGCAAUAAUUCUUUUCAAAUAAGAGGGGCAUUAUAUCAUGUAUUAACCAGAGACGAAAUGACAUCGGACAAAUGAUCUGUACAUCCAGUUGUGUAUGUUGUUCAUGUGUAAUAUGUAAUAAAUAAGAGCGUUUAUUUCAUCAUGUAGAUAGGAAUAAAAUGGAUGGGGUGGGUGAAAAGAAAGAGUGAAUAUUUCCAUGGUGAUGUCAAAACCAUAAUGCCAUAACUUGUCUUUGUUGCCAUUUUUUUCAUGUAAAUAUUGACCCUAACUUACAGAGUCGCGGGAUGCAGAGCGAUAAAUUCAACAACGUUUAUUUCAAGACGUUUCUAUUGAUGCUCUAAAUGGAUGACCGUGUGUCUUUCCACCUGUGUGACACCUUCAACAAUGGCAAAUAAUCAUAUUGUUCAUAUUACUACGUAUGGAAAUUAUGUACAGAUUUAAUUUUCUUCACCAUGCCACUGACAUGUAACCAGUGUAUCAUCCAAACACAUUAAAUAUCUACAAUGGAAA